AUGGAUGUCAAAUAUCAUGUCAACAUUGAAUACAGUAUACCCGGAAGCUUUAUUAUCCUUCCUAUGAGCGGUAAUAUAGAGCAGCGGCGAUCCCCCCCUCCUAAAUUGACACCGCUUUCUCUUUUUCCCGCUUUCCCCUUUUCUCCCCCAAAGCAUCCUGACAACAUUUGCUUUUGUCGGUUUAUUUCCUCUUUUUUUAAAAAACUUGUGCUAGACUUCUCUUGGUCUGGAGAUCAGUCUUCAAGUAAUUGUGAAGAUUCCCCUUUGGAACGGUUGUGCGGCGCGUGA